UAUACCUAUUUCAUUAUAAAUUGUACGCGUUUAACGAGUAAAAACGUCGUGCUGUCCGCGGUCGCGGUCGAACCCGGGAAACGUUGUCAUUGUUGUCGUCGUCGUCGUCGCGGUCGGCGGCGGCGCUCAGGGAUGCGCGCGAAAUUGACGAGCAGGGGGCGGAGGCAACGGCGGCGGGCGCCCGGGCGAAAGAAAAAGCAACACUCGCACACACACAGAGCUUGCACUCGCACGGUGGCGUAAAAACGGUCUGUUGCGCUCCUAGUUUUCCGUUUCCACCCCGUCGGCGACGCACGUACCCCGCGAGCGUUCGAUUAUACAACAGUUAUAUCGUCCGCCGUGUGUAUAUAUAUAUGCGCGAUAAUACGCAUAAUAUAUUAACAUCAAUAAGCUACUAGAAUACCUAGUACACCUGUACGAAAUAAUAACGAUCGAAAAGAAUAUAUAUAUAAAAAAAAAAUAAUAGUCACAUUUAUAAUAUUAUUUUUUUUUCAUUGUUUUUAUUAUUUUACGAACGCGUCCGGCUUACGUGUGCGGUGUUCACAACACUGCAAGUCCGAAGACCGUGCAGACUGUGCACGAACACAGAGAGCUAAUUAAUAAUAUUUCCGCGUCGAAUUAUUCACACAGCGAUUUCGCUGAUAAAAAUAUAAAAUUACAAUCGCAACUAUGCCAGCCAUCGUAGCCAACGAGUUGCAGGACAUGCAAUUGCGAUCGGCCCACGUAACGGACGAGUCUCUGGAGAGCACCCGUCGGAUGAUCGAACUCUGUGAAGGGACAAAGGAAGCAGCCAUUAAAGCUCUAGUUGAGUUAGAUGAUCAAGGCGAGAAAAUGGACAGGAUCGAGGAAGGAAUGGAUCAAAUAAACGCGGACAUGAAGGAAGCGGAGAAAAACCUUACCGGCAUGGAGAAAUGUUGUGGUAUUUGCGUGCUGCCUUGCAACAAGUCGACAUCUUUCAAAGAAGACGAAGGCACGUGGAAGGGAAACGAAGAUGGCAAAGUAAUAAACAAACAACCGCAGCGUGUAAUUGAGGGACCGAACAUUACGCCACAGGGUGGAUACAUAGUGAAGAUUACAAACGAUGCUCGAGAAACGGAAAUGGAUGAAAACUUGGGACAAGUGAACACGAUGAUUGGUAACUUGAGAAACAUGGCGUUGGAUAUGGGUUCAGAGCUUGAAAAUCAAAACCAACAGAUCGAAAAAAUCAGUACAAAGACAAAGUCAAACGAUAUGCGGAUUUCGGCUGCCAACCAAAGAACCAGAAAUCUUCUUAAAUAAAUUACUUACGUUAACCUUAUAUACGAGCUAUUUGUGGUUGUCAAAAGCAAACAUUAUAUAUGGAUUUUUUUACAUACUCAAAAUUCGUGAGUAAAUAUCGUGUCUUCCCUGCAUGUCGUGUUUAACUAUACAGCAUUAAAUAAUAUUAUAGAAAUAGGUUUAUAAAAUAAUAAUAAUUUAUAGAUGUAUUACAUGUGGUUUAUAGUAUCUAUAUAAUAAAUAUACUAUGCGCUUAUGUUCAAUAAUUGAUGUAAACACUUUAGAUACAUACAAAAUGUUUAAUAAUAAUAAUAUUGGUAUUAAUAAAAUUCUCAUUCACAACUUUCAUCAACUCAUGACAAGUUAUCGUAUUAGCAAGUGUCAAAAUUAAUAUUUGAUGGACAGUUUUGGAUUUUUUUAUAAACCCUAUAAAGGUCUCAAGUUUAUACCAUUUGUAUAUAUAGCAUUUUCUGUCUAUCAACAAGUUACAAAAGACAUCCCUUCACUUUUUUAUGUUAUAAAUAUUGCACUUUAAAUAAAAAAAUAAAAUAAAUAAUAAUGUCGUUAAAAUUCCAAUUUAAACUUGCCACCAUACCACCGAUACACCGAACUAUCGUGAUUAUUUUUUACUUAUACUUCGGUGACUUACUAUUUAUAACUGACACUUACAUUUAUGUACGAGUGUAUAAUACAAUAACAUAUAAGACCUUAAUAUUAUACAGAUCCGUCCACUUCAUAACUAAAAAUAAAGUUCAUUAUUUUUGCUAAACAAACUCUGAACUCAAUAAAUACGAGUGCGUUGAAAUUCUUCUUUUAAAAUGUUAUUUAUCAUUAUCAAUCUCAAAAAUAUUAAUGCUAAAAUUCAAUAAAUUAUUAAACAUAUUAAUAGAUAUUUAUUUAAACACGUUUAUAUCGUAUUUUUUCUCGUUUUAUAUUGUAUUCUAUUUGUAAAAUAUUCAUUAUAUAUAAUACUUAUGCGAAACUGUUAAGCUCAAAUAAUUCAUCACAGUAUAUAUUCACAACCAAUUAAAAAUGAAUUGUAUUUAAAAGUUGUGAAUAUACCUAUAUUUAUAUUUACGACUGUAAUAGGGUACUCGCUAAAAAAUACUCCAAACAAUAUUGAUUAUUCAUUUAUCAAUUAAAUACCUAUUCAAAUUAGGUCACUCGUGCAAUAAUUGAAUAGAUUACUAAUUGAAACUGUUUUUAAUUUUUAUUAAUAGCAUCGUCAUAAAUUUUUUAAAUGUGUCAAACGCCUUAAGUUUAACUACAUCAUAUAGUAUGUAGCAACUAUAUAGUAUAUUUUUAAACAAUUCUGCGUACAGUUUACUAUAUAACUCUAUAAUGUCACUAAUGAAAUUGUCGAUAUUAGUAACCGCUUAUACUACAAUAUUAAUGCACAAUUUAAAAAAUAAUUCGAAAUUAUUUAAAGAAAAUAUCCAACUUAUUUUCUUACUAAUCAUAACUAUAUACGUCUAUAAUUCAAUAAUUCUAUGUUCUAAAAAUAUGGUAAGUAUAUAAGGUGAUUUCAGAUUUACGCAUGUCUGUGUAAAAACGGUAUAAAGUUACACGAGUGUUCAAAUUCUACGUAUCAUCCUAUCUACGGCUAUUUCGAGUAUAGAUAACUAACAAUUUUUUUUUUAUAUUAUUGAACAUCGCAAACAAUCUAAAAUUAAAAAUUUGAGUCAAGUUUACAUAAUAUCUAGCAAUGAUAUAUCAAAAGUUUCUGUACGCCAAUAAUUAUAUAAUUGCCUAAUAACUUAUUGACAAUUAAUAAUUAAAAUAAACUAAGGGCUGUACGCUAUAAUCAAUGCAAAUUGUGAUAGUACAAUAUUUUCAAAAUGAAUACAUGCAUAUUACGUAUAUUUUGUUCAGAAAUAAAAUAUAAAAAUUAAUUUAAAUAACAGAUUAAACUAAUAACUACAUUUUUACAAUUUUUCAGUAAUGCUAUCAUAAAAUGUAUUGUUAGAAUAGAAUUAGUAUAUUUGAGAUCUCUAUAGAUUAUAAUAUUUCAUAUUGUUCUCGAAAAUUAACAUUUAAUUUGCAUCCAUUUAUUUAGUACCAUUUGACCUCGACAAAUAAUAAAUAUCUCAAGUCAUACUUUGAAAUUUGUAUAAUACUUGCAUACAAAUACCAUUUACGUAACAAAGAUAAUAUAUUAUUGUUGCAUUAGAUGAUAAGAUACAUUUAAUAUAGUUAUAGCUGAGUAUUUCACUAAAACCAUAGAUGAUUUUAAAUCUAAACGUUUUUAAGCUCACUGCAUAAUUAUUAUUAUAUUAUAUUAUGUUUAUAUUUUAUUUUAUAUAGAUAUUUUUUUUUAAUUCAUAAAAAUAUUCAAAAGCGACAGCAAUCACCUUAAGGCUCUGUGAUGUUUUAUAUAUCCUGUCCGUAAAAAUACGUAUAAACGGAAUAAUUGUAUGCAAACCGUUAUAUAUAUAUUAUUUUUAUGUACCUACCUAUUAUUUUUAAAUUUUAUCGGUGUCAAAGCUUUUUUCUCUUCAGUUGUACUUAUCCAUCCAGAUUGUUUAUUUUCAAUUAUUAUCUGUAAAAUGAAUAAAUGUCAAUUAGAAAUUAA